AUGGCUCUUGAGGCACCUCUUAGAUCAUCAGCUGGAAACUUGCAAUUUCCUUUUAAUAAAGAGGGCGACAUGUCUGCCUCGGCAGAAACCGAGGGAGUGCGGUCGUCAUACAGAGCCGUCUCCUCUCCUCCACCUGUAACAGAUUCGACUAUGUUGCGGCCAAAUUCCGUCAAUCGCGUAUCUUCAAACUCGAUGAACGUUCUAAGCCCAAGUGACAUUGUAGGACCAUCUCCCGUGACUUCUAAUGGGACAGAAACCACUGAGAUUGAAGACGAUGCUUUAGAAGAGGUGGAACAAACACACUAUGGAGAUAUGUCGCAGAGCUCCCAACUUCUCAUGCUCUCCACAAAUUUGCCCGAAAGUCUUCGGCAGGCAAGUGGUGAUGAGGCUGUCUCAGUCAUUCAUGCACCUGAGAGCUUUGCUAGUUGGACUGAGGCCGAAGAGGACGACGAUGGCAACGAUGAUUAUUCUGCUACUCCAUUCUUACGGCCUGCUGAUGAUGAAAUUACAGCUCUGAGGGCAGCGCUAAAGGAGUGUUGGACACUCUGCAACACACUGGCUAGCCUUAGUGCAAUCCACAGAGCACGAGUGUUCUACAGUUCUGGGACGCCCGACGCCCACGAGAAGGCUUGGAAAACUUGUUGGAAGCUUUGUCAGCGCCUUUACGACAACCAAGACGAGGACUUGGCUUCUCACAAUGUAAGAAUGAACUUGGAACUGUGUCGAGACUUUUGUCAAGCUCUUUUUGAUGUCCGCCAAAAGAAAGACGAGACUUCGGACUCGGUGCUUCGCGUGAGCUUUGAGCUGAACAAUCACCUUUACAGCGCUCAGGAUAGUAGAAAGCUACCAGAACCGUUCAGGGAGAGAACUCUCGACUUUUACAUCACACUCUGCCAUCGCCUGAUGAAACAGCGUAGUGAAUUAGCAGAAGAGACAGAUCACCUCCUAAGUGCUUGCUGGACCCUGGCUGAAAUGCUGUUCAGUCUUCGCCAAAACAAACGGGAUGGAAAUCCUGUAGAUGAGGAACUACUUGGGUCUGCUGUCCAAGCAUGCUGGGAUCUUUGCGACAUUUUCAGAGAUGGUUGGACCCAGAUUCGCCCUGACAGAAAUACCCCCAGACCAAACCAGACAAGCUUUUUCCCUCAGCAACCUGUGGAGCAAUCGGGCAGAGAGAGCCGACAGUCAAAUCGCUCAUCAUUGCACUCAAAAAGGGAAAGUGUUAAAAGCAGCCAUCAGGAAGAGCGGCCACGCAAACCGCCACCAGUUCCGGAAACUCCUGUAACCGAGUUUGAAGACACCCCUAUUUCUCCAGAAAGUCGAUCUCCCCAGAUGCCCAACAUUAUGGUACUCGGUACCACAAGCGAUACGGGUCUUGGGGGGAGAUGGUCGAGUAACACGUCCAACAUGUCCAGCUAUUCACGGGGUAGUAAUCGAACUUCGAGCACAGCAACCACAACUGCCGCAACGGAAGACCCCAAUAUCUCAAGAUCAAAGUUGCUGGUUCUCCGAGCGGCCAUGAACAUGGGAUUUAAUCGGGACGCUAUCCAAGAUACUAUGUCCGAGUCCACAGUGCUGCACAAGUUUGUUCAAGGUUUACCUACUGGCUCCUUCGGUUCCCUAUCUAGCCAUGCCACGCUCCUGCAGCAAUAUAAAAGCUCUGUUCUAUCAGACAAUUUCCUUCCACGGAAUCACGCCUUGCCCGUUCGUGGAAAACGGGCAAUGGCUCAGGACAUGGCGAAGAGUGUCCUGGCCAUGAGCAAUAGUUCUCCACGACAUGCCUAUCUCCGCGACCUUUUCAAAUUUGUCUUUCAAUUUGGCGUCGAUGAAGCUGAAUCAAGAAGAAACGUCAGCAUCGCCGUCUAG